AUGACCCAGCUCCGCUUUUCGUUGCCAUUGGCCGUUUGUGUCUUUAUCUCUGCCACUCCAGGUGAACACAACAACAAUGUGGCAUCAGCUUUGUCCAUGCCCCGUCGCGGAUUCCUCCAGCAAGCCACGGUCGCAACGACCGGAGCUACCAUGGGAUGGGUCUUGAGUCAGCAGCAACAACUGUCGCAUCCGGGUGGUUGUGCCUGUGGCCAGUGCCUCCAUGCCAAAAAUUGCAACUGUGGAACGUGCACCACCGGUGUUCAUGUCGCAGGAUGUCAGUGUGGUUCCUGUGUCUCCGGUCAUGAUGCUGGAUGCAACUGUGCCAUGUGUGGCACUCAUGAUGCCGGAUGCAACUGUGCCAUGUGCAGUGAUCAUGGUGCGGGAUGCAACUGUGGUACAUGUGGCGGUGGUCUGGCAUCGGCCUUUCGACCACCGGCGGCAUAUGCCUACGAAAAACGACAAGUCGGUGGUGCCAAUCCAUCCGCCGAAACUGCCGCCUUUAACAUUCAAAGCGAAAAGACAUACGAUCGAUUGGAAAAGAGUGGAUUUCCCUUGGAUAGCAGGGCCGAAGAACAAGCAAGGCUCAGCGAUGCUCUGGCGUCAUUCUCCUAUCCUGCAUCCAACGCGGCUGCCAGUGACAAAAACGACAAUAAGAAGCAGGGCAAGAAAUAA